AUUGUUCCAAACCUACCUCAGUACACAGAUUUUGAAAGAAUGAGCGUGAUUGUUUAGUGAUUUUAAGGAAUUCUGAGAAUAGCAGAGUAGAAACUUGGAUUUUGUAAAAAUCUAUGGUAUCUGUUAACAUUUUUCCUAGAAUUUUAAUUAAAGAAAUAAACCGGAUAGAGUCUGAAUAUGCAGCCCUGAAGAUGCAGUCUUGCAAGACAGAACAACAUGACCAAAACAAAACUGAUAGAACUGAGAAAAUAAAGAAGGUCCGCAGUAUGUGGACACUUGUAAUAGAAAUGCUUGCAUCUCUGAAAAAAGAAAAGGAAGAAGUGGAUUCUAUACUUGAUGUACUUGAAGAUUGUGCUGGUCAGUGCGUUUUAGAUGGAGCUAAUGUUGUUUUUAGUGUUCCUGGGCUGUUGUGUGACAGAGUCAAGAGUGAUGGAUACCAACAUUGCACAGGAAAUAUAUAUGAAGCUGAAAACCUGAAUUUCUUAACAGUCAUUAAGUUAUUAAAUGAAGCCCUGAGGGCACUGAGAGAUGGAACAUUGUCAGUGUGAAUUAAAUCAGCUGCUUCAGGUCACUGAGAACAGUAUU